AUGAGCUCCACUGUUGUACCACUUGAUGCGGACCUGGGUGACGACCAGGAAGUUCUCGAAGUCAACUUGCCGUCGAUCAGUGAUAUUGCCAACCGUUCGUUGGACGAGACGGAUCUCACAGCGCAACAGUCUGCAUCUGAUCAUUCGCUCAGUCAGCCAGAAGCCAUAGCGCUUGGCUUAACAUUGUUCUACUAUUUGUUUCUAGUGUUCCUGGGAAUAGUGACCUGGAUUCGUGCACGACAACGAGUGUUGAACAAACGAAAAGCCCGUCCAGUUCCAUCGUCUCCCCAUUUUGAGAUUGGUCCGAAUCAGUUACACAUCCGGUACUGUGAUGACGACUCGAUGUGA